AUGUCGCAUUGCAACACACCAACAACACUCCCAAUACUCAAAGUUCCAGAAGUGCUCACAGACAUCAUCCUUUGUGCCAUGGACGCAGAAACAGCCGAUCUCCUGAUCUUUCAUAUCCAUGGAAUCCCUUCUGCUAUAGUCUCUGAUCGAGGCCCCCAGUUCAUUUCCCACGUGUGGAAAGCAUUUUGUUACUUGCCCUUGGUAAGUUUGUCAUCUGGUUUUCAUCCCCAGACUAACGGUCAGACAGAGAGGGCAAACUUGGAAGCUGCCCUGCGCUGUGUCACCGCAACCAACCCGUCUUCAUGGAGCACUCAUCUGGCUUGGGUGGAAUAUGCCCACAAUGCGCUGACCAGUGCCACCACAGGUCUGUCUCCUUUCGAAGUGUCAUUAGGAUACCAACCACCUUUGUUUCCCUCCUGGGAGGAAGAAAUAGCUGCCCCCAGAUGCACCUUUGGCGUUGUUGGAAAUUGUGGAGGGAUGCCCGCGCUGCUCUGCUUCGCUCAGCAACCUGGAACAAACACACAGGAUACUGGCCCUGGACUAUACUCCAGGCCUGCUUCUUCGCCACGCACCCCUGCCUGCCAUUCUGCUCACUAUGCCAUGUCAGACAAUGGUGAGACUCCUCGUGUUCAUCGCCAUUGUCUGCAGCUCCGCUCAUCGCCUGUCAAGCUUCACACCUAUCCUGUGGAACCAUCUCCUUUUGCCCUACCUGUGAACUAAUAAACUGUGUUUAGCCCAUAUUCCUCUCUCCAAGUCCUGUGUUUGGGUUCAGUCUACAUAUGAAAUUGUAACACUAACACAUUAUUGGCUUUGGUCUUUCUAUGGGAUUUGGUGACAAUAGUGCUGAAUAAUGCCAGCCUUAUUGUUUAAGUACAGUUCUUUAGUAAAUGUACUUUCUGCCACAGAUCAUUAAGCCCAUAAAGAGAGAUUUAGGAUUUUAGAACAAGGUAGCAAACUCAGAAGAAUUGAAAGACUAAUGUAUGGUUAUGUCUUUUUAUGGGAUUUGUUGACAGCAACAAAAAUAGAAUAUCACCAUCCUUUAACCAAGACCACAAUCAGCUGCUUUGAGAUCUCUAAACAUAAACAUGUUAAUUCAUGAUUUUGUUGCCAGGAGUGGAUGAAUGAAAUAUGUAGAUGGUGAACAUUUCGCAGAUAUGUUCAGUAUGAACAUUUAGCAUUUUGCGGGCUGCUAAACCAGUGCCAUUUUAUUAACAAUUUAUUGAUAUUUUCUACAGCAGGACAGGGGCAAGGGGAGGGGUGUGUGUACUACCAUUGGGCCAUCCCCCCUGUUAAAAAUGAACAAAUCGCCUACUGACAGCGACGUACAGCUGAAGUCAGAGCUCACCAGCUAUGAGAAGCUAAUGUCAGCAGAAAUUUGAGCAGAAAGUGUUUUUUUAUUUACACACAGUGUGUUUGUUGUAUUGACAUCACAUGCCAA